GCAGAACCGCAAGUACGUCAACUUACUGAUCGGAGAAAAACCAGCUCGACUACAACUCGACACCGGAUCGGACAUUUCGGUCAUCAGCUAUCGUCUAUGGAAGCAACUGGGUAAGCCUCACCUUAACCCUCCGAAGGUAAGAGCAAAAGCAGCUUCUGGAGAUGUAUUCGGCCUUGAAGGUGAGUUCGAAGCCAACGUGGAAAUAAACAACAUGAUCAAGCGAGCAACAAUCCGUGUGUCAAAAGCCGAUCUGUCGUUGCUCGGGGCUGACCUUAUUCAUCUUUUCGGUUUGGCUACGAUCCCAAUGGAUAAUUUUUGUAAUCACAUCAGAACAGCGGAACCACGAUCAUGGGAGAAAAAAUUUCCGACAGUUUUUCACGGAACAGGCCUGUGCACCAAAGCGCAAAUUCAUCUACAGCUGCGACAGGAUAGCCAACCAGUAUUUCGUCCGAAACGUCCGGUCGCAUACGCGAUGGAAGAUGCCGUAAACAAGGAGCUAGAUCGGCUUGAAAAUCUGGGGAUCAUCACACCUUGUGACUUUUCGGAUUGGGCUGCACCAGUCGUUGUGGUUCGGAAAGCAAACGGUGGAAAUAGAAGAGAAGAGCCGACCCCUGCUUACCAUCAACACGCACCGAGGCCUGUAUCAUUAUAACAGGCUCCCUCCAGGCAUCAAAGUGGCGCCUGGUGCUUUCCAACAAAUAAUGGACAAAAUGCUUGGCGGUGUAAAUGGAGUGUCCGCAUAUAUGGAUGAUGUAAUCGUCGGAGGAAGAACGCAGGAAGAGCACGAUUCCGCCCUUGAAGAAACCCUGAAGCGCAUAAUGGAUUACGGGUUUACCAUUCGAAAAGAAAAGUGCGCAUUCAACAAGCCGGAAAUCCGUUACCUUGGGCACAUCAUCGACAGCCGAGGCCUGCGACCCGACCCAGCCAAGAUCGACGCCAUAAAACAGCUACCUCCUCCGAAAGACGUCACAGGUGUUCGGUCAUUCAUCGGUGCGAUAAAUUUUUAUGCCAAAUUUAUCCCAAACAUGCGCAACUUACGCUAUCCUUUGGAUAGGUUGCUACUAGACGGAAGCUCGUUUCAGUGGACAUCAGACUGCCAGAAGGUGUUCGACCAAUUCAAAGCGCUAUUAUCAUCGGAACUCUU